ACGAAAUCCAAGGUUCACCUGGACCCGUCCUAUCUGGCAUAGCGCAUUUAGUCAACGCAAACGGAAGCCAGGGUCAAACAGGAGGACCAUCCAUACUUAUCAAUUCUGAUGUUGCGAUUUCUUCAUCAUCUUUAAACUCUGAAAAUUUAUCCCUUCUGUUCGGUUUGCACAUCAAACGAUCGAUCUUUUUUUCUUAAAUUUUUUACAUGAUUGCUAUUUCGUGCUCAAUCUGUUUUUCGAUCCCCUUUUUACUUGAUAGCAGUUAAUUAAGGGCUUCAGUUUCAAAUCUUAUCGGUUAAUUGGUUCAAUCAAUUGAUCAAUUUGAAGGGAAAAAAUUGAAAAAAUUGAGAUCGAUGGUGAAGGAGACGGAAUACUAUGACAUUUUGGGAGUCAGCCCUACGGCCACCGAAUCUGAGAUCAAAAAAGCAUAUUACAUUAAGGCACGGCAGGUUCAUCCUGAUAAAAAUCCAAAUGACCCUCUAGCUGCACAGAAUUUUCAGGUGUUGGGUGAGGCUUAUCAAGUACUGAGCGAUCCAACUCAACGACAGGCCUAUGAUGCACAUGGAAAAUCAGGAAUUUCAACAGACGCAAUCAUUGAUCCUGCAGCAAUUUUUGCUAUGCUUUUUGGAAGUGAACUUUUUGAGGAGUACAUAGGUCAGCUUGCUAUGGCAUCAAUGGCUUCAUUGGAUAUUUUCACAGAAGGUGAAGAUUUUGAUGCUAAAAAGUUGCAAGAGAAAAUGCGGGUUGUUCAGAGGGAGAGGGAAGAAAAGCUUGCUGAAACUUUGAAAGACCGGCUUAAUCUGUAUGUACAAGGAAAUAAAGAGGACUUUGUUCGUCAUGCAGAAGCGGAGGUGUCGAGGCUUUCAAAUGCAGCUUAUGGUGUUGAUAUGUUAAAUACAAUUGGAUACAUAUAUGCAAGGCAGGCAGCUAAAGAGCUUGGAAAGAAGGCAUUAUACUUGGGUGUUCCAUUUAUUGCUGAGUGGUUCAGAAACAAAGGCCAUUUUAUCAAAUCCCAAGUAACUGCUGCAACAGGUGCAAUUGCUUUGAUUCAGCUACAAGAGGACAUGAAAAGGCAGCUCAGUACAGAAGGAAAUUACACUGAGGAAGAACUUGAAGAGUAUAUGCAAUCCCACAAGAAGUUAAUGAUUGAUUCUCUCUGGAAGCUCAAUGUAGCUGAUAUUGAAGCCACCCUUUCUCGUGUUUGUCAAAUGGUUCUACAAGACAACAAUGUGAAGAAAGAAGAGCUUCGUGCUCGUGCAAAGGGGUUGAAAACUCUUGGCAAAAUUUUUCAGAAGGUUAAGAAUGGCAAUGAAACCGAAACGACGGUAAACGGUCAAGUACACAAGUUGGACGGAAAUGAUCCGAGUUGUGACUCUCGUUCUUCAACUGCAUCAGUACAAUCAUCAAAUAAAGAGGAGGUGCCUUCUACUGUAUUUGCAUCACAGAGCCCAUAUGUGGAGGCUCCACAGUUUGCCGGUGGUCAAAUCAGCUAUAACUUCCCCAUGCCGACUGCACCACCAGGUGCACAGAGACAUGCAUAGAUACGGAGUUGGCGAAGAAUUUAUGUAGCUUGUGAAUGGUAGUGCUUGUUGUUGUAUGGCUUAUUCUUAGGGAAGAGAGGGAGUUUGAGCUUCUUAUGUAUCCAGUGUGUACACAUACUUGAGGCAUUGAUUCCAAACUUGUGGAACGGAUUGGUGAGCAGAGAAAAGCUUCUGGACAUGUUGCUUUCAUGAAGGACUGCUUUGUAAUUAAUUUGUUCGAGUGUAAUUUGUGUGGCCUGUAUAUGCAAAAUAUUACAUUGCAUUGGUCUAUUCAUCAUGUUCUAUAACCAGUGAAAAGUUUGUUAUUGAGCUAUUCUGAUUUUGUACUCAAGAAUUGCGAGUACUUCCUAA